UAAGAGGCGUGAGACAGAAAUAACCCUCAGGUUCACCGCAGACAUGGCUGAGUGCUUGAGUAAAGUCCCGGAUGUGGAGAUCGACUCGGAGGGGAAAUUUAAAUACAUUUUAGUGAGACUAAAGAUUAAAGGUGGAACCGACCACAAAGACAUAGUGAGAGGCACAAAGGGUGCCGAAUACCACAAUCAUAUCUUUGAAAGGCUGAGCCCUGCUAUGGAUGGUCUAGGUCUGGAGUGUACCUGCCUUGGUGGUGGAAAGAUAGAGCACGACAACAUCAAGAAGAAACUAAGAGUGUUUGGAGAGUCGACGGGCUAUGGAAAGGCUGAUCAUGCAGUCACAGUGGAAAAACUAAGAGCUGUCUUCAAAGACUACGAGAUUACGAUGGAAUGAAUAAAAU